AUGGAUCCUAUUCAAUCAUCCAACUCUGGAGUCAAAAUCACUGAGAUAAUGCAAGUUGAUUCCAAUAAAGAAACUAGGAAAUUGGAAUGCAAAAGGACUGCUCAUGAAUCUGGGACAGCACAAGAGAACAAAAGGACCGAGGUGAUAACGGCUGAUUAUGCUCGGUUCAGGCCAUUAAUCAAGGCUAUACAGGAGUGUAAUUGGAUACUUUUACAAGAUUUGGUAGAUAGAACUCCUGGGGCCUUGACGGAAACUGUUUCAAGCCAUGAGUAUACCAUUUUUCACAUAAUUAAUAUUUCAAGUGCCCCCACUUGGCUUAUAAAGAAGCUUGCAUUCAAGAUCAGUGCAAAAGAACUUCAAAAUUUGAGAGAAGAGAGUGGCUGGCCCGUUAUAUACCACGCUGCUUUAUAUGGCAAUAGAAAGGCUGUAGAAGCUUAUGUCCUUAGGCACCCAGAAUUUCCAAACAUAAGGAACGAACAGGGUUAUCUUCCAAUUCAUACAGCAGCAGAAUGUGGCCACAAGGGAUUAAUUCAAUUUCUUGUGUCAACAACAAAAGAACCAUUGGAUGACGAUAACGGUGCUGAACUGAUUAAAGCUCUGAUACGUUUCGGUCACUAUGGUAUAGCGUUAGAUUUAUGGAAGCAAUAUCCAAAGUUAGCUCUUGAAAACAAUUCAGACAGAAAAAGUAUAUUAAAAAUAUUGGCUGGGAUUCCUCUGCAAGAGGAAUAUUUUCCUUCCAAUGAAAGUAACCAUGGGGACAUAGAAAACGUGGCUAAGUGUUCAGACGAGUUUAAAGAAUCCAAACAUUUUGGACCUAUUCGUCGAAUAAUCUAUGCUUCAUUUGGUGCUUUGCGCCAAAUGAUCUGGCAUGUCCUCAUGCUGCUAGUCCCAGACAUCAAAAACAUUCGCGAUAUAAAGUUGACACAUGUACAAACCCUUCAAAUUGUUAGAAUCGCGUGCCAUGGUAAUGACGUUACGUGGAAUGGUACAGAGGCCGUUAAAACUUUCUUGGUGCCAUUUCUUGAAGCUGCAAAACUUGGGAUUUGCGAGAUUGUCAAUGAAAUUUUGAAUGCUGAUUUCUUUGCUUUUUCCUACCGCGACAAAAAUAAUGAACACGGUCUGCUUCAUAUGGCAAUUUUACAUCGCCAAGAAAAGAUUUUUAAAAUUGUACAAGAAAGGAAUGUGUAUCUAUAUACCUGGAAAGCGGUCAACAAAUUUGGAAAAACUGACAACAUCUUGCAUUUGGCUGGACAGUCGGCAGCUUCAAGUCAACUCUCUGGUGCAGCAUUGCAAAUGCAGAGAGAAUUAGAAUGGUUCAAGGCUGUAGAAAAUUAUGUCCAUCCAUCCCUUCAAGAGCAACAAAAUGAGAAUAAUAAAACUCCUAGAGAAGUCUUUACCGAAGAACACAAGGAAUUGCUUAAACAAGGUGAAAAAUGGAUGAAAGAAACUACUACAUCAUGCAGUGUUGUAGCUGCAUUGAUAAUAACUGUAGUAUUUACAGCAGCUUUCACCGUACCAGGUGGCAACAACAAUGAUGGGAUACCUAUUUUCUUGCGUGACACAGCUUUUAUAGUUUUUAUCAUAUCAGAUGCACUUGCACUCUUUUCUUCCACGGCUUCAGUGUUGAUGUUUUUGUCAAUCAUUACUUCACGUUACUCAGAAGAUGACUUUUUGGUGUCACUACCAAGGAGGUUAAUCAUCCAACUUAUCACGCUAUUCUUUUCUAUUGCAAGCAUGAUGGUAGCAUUUGGUGCAACCCUCUACACAUUUCUUUCUCAUUCAUGGAAUUGGGCUGUCAUUCCAAUUUCGCUACUUGGAUUCUUCCCAAUGACUUUAUUUGUCAUUUUGCUAUUUCCUUUCUUGCUUGAAAUUUACUUUUCCAUUUAUAAACCAGGCAUUUGGCAUAACAUCAAAUAA